AUGGCCCGGAUUUUCGCUGUCAAGAGUGACGACAUUAUGCUAGUGGAGGCGAUGGUCUGCGCUUCGAUGAGCAGUGAUGUCGAUAUCUUAGAAGUCCUUCUUGGGAAUAGCAGUCAUGAUUUGAUCGAGCAAGCAAUACUCAAGGCUGCGUCGGGUCAAGAGCUUGCCGCAGCAGAAUAUUUGGUGCAAAGCGUAAGUCAGGACUCGCUUUCGAACAUUCUUGAUCGGGUUGUGAAGAAUGGUCUCGUGGAACUGAUAAAGCUGCUGGUAAACAAGGUGGAUAAUGGGAGCGACUCGUCCAUGAUCGAGUAUGCUGAAAACCUAGUCGAGGCGGUGAAGGUGCUGCAAAAGCGAGCAAGUGCCACGCAGGCUGCACCACAAAUCGAAACGGUUGCUGUGACGAGUCCGAUCGCCUGCAAACGUGCUCGGCUGAAAUAA